AGCCCUUGAUGCAAGUCUGAGAAAUGGGGGAUCGGCUGGAGAAAAUCAAAUCCCUUAUCGCAUCAUACCCAGAUUUUCCCAAACAAGGUAUCCUGUUCAGGGAUAUUUUUCCAGUCUUGCGCAGUCCCCAAGCACUCCAGGACUUGAUCGACUUGCUUUGUGAGCGUGUCACAGUGAUUCAACCUGCUGUUGAGAUCAGUGGGUUGGAGUCAAGAGGGUUUCUAUUUGGACCACUGCUAGCAAAUCAACUGGGGAUCUCAUUUGUACCUGUUCGAAAAGCUGGCAAACUUCCUGGCAAAACUGUCAGCGUCUCCUACACACUGGAAUAUGGGACAGACAAAUUUGAAGCUCAGGCAGAUUCCAUUAAGCCUGGUCAGAGAGUGAUAAUAUUGGAUGAUUUGCUCGCCACUGGUGGAACCAUGAAAGCUGCUAUUGAACUGAUGGAACAGCUGAAAGCAGAUGUUGCAGAAUGUUUAACAAUCAUAGAGUUGACGGACCUUAAUGGACAAGCACAGCUAACAAAACCAUUUUAUUCUUUUAUUCAGUAUUAGUUAUGUUGAGCUGUCAGAAAAUUUGACAAAUCGAGGAAUGUUAUAGAACAGUAAUUAAGUGUAUUUGUACACUUCUAAACUGUUGUACAGCCCUCAGCUUGGUAUUAUAAUGCAUGCUUUACAGAUGAUGAUUGUUAAUGAAUCUUUAAGAUGUUUCUGCCAUAAAACAAUGCUCUUGGUACUGUCACUUGGAUGUCUAUGGCUGUUGCUUGUCCAUUUCCAUAUAAGAAAGAAAAGGUCUGGUACUAUGUCACAUGUAUUGGAAGGUUGCAUGCAGUGCCAUCACUAGCAACUGUUGUGAAAUUUGUUGCAAAUAGUUUUUUUUAAAACAAAUUUAAUAUAGAAAGCUGCAGUUAAAUGAAUGCAAAUUUUUUUAUGUACAUGUAAAAUCUUUGGAAAUGUUUUAUUUUCUUAACAACAGGACAAGAUUUGUUUUUAUCUUACACUUCUACUAGAGGUGAUAGCACAAAAGUUACUCUUGUUUUCUAGAUCGGAUUUCAUUGUGUACUGCAUUCAUGAACAGCUUUUUUUACUGGCUCAAUGUCAACAACUCCCUCCCCAAAACCCGCUUACAGCCUUCUAACAUGUCAAGUUUGACAUCUACAUUUUGUUACUUUUGCAUAUUUGUACUUUGUUGUGGUCAUUAUGUUUUACAAGGGAUUUAGCUUUUUUAUUAUCCUUUUAAGAUUUUUGAAAUGAUUGGUAGCAUUUAAUACUGUUUACAGCAGGUGCUGUGGAUUUUAUGGUGGUGGGAUGAAGGCCCAAAGAAAAGCAAUACUUUUGAAACAUUUUCUAUUUUGACAAUCAAUUUGAUUCCUAUAACAAAACAAUUAAAAAAAAAACCCUAUUACUGAGCA